UACUGGUUGCAAGCCUGCUAAUUCCAGAUUCUUGAAGUCUUUCGCAGUAAUUGUCGGCAUGGCUGAAGCGCAUCAAGCCGUAGCCUUUCAGUUCACUAUAACUCCAGAGGGCAUCGACCUGCACCUCUCUCACGAGGCCCUUCAUCAGGUCUAUCUGUCCGGUCUGCGCUCCUGGAAGAAACGCAUCGUGCGCCUCAAGAACUGUGUUGUGACUGGUGUGUACCCUGCUAGCCCCUCCUCCUGGCUGUUUGUCGUCAUAGCGAUUCUGGCCACCAUGUACACACGCUCAGACCCCUCAAUGGGCCUAAUCGCUAAGAUACAGGAGCAUCUACCAGUCAGCCAGUCGAUGAGUCUGCAGUGUCAGACAGUGGUCUCUGCAGUGUUGUUCAGCACUCUCCUCUGGCUCGCUCUCAUCUUCACCAUGAAGCUGUGUCUCAAGCAGCUCCUGUCCUAUCACAGCUGGAUGUUCGAACAGCACGGCAAGAUGUCCAACACGACCAAACUCUGGGUGGCUCUAGUAAGGAUUUUCUCAGGCAGAAAACCACUGUUGUACAGUUUCCAGGGUUCUUUACCCAACCUGCCUCUCCCUGCAGUCAAAGACACCAUAAAGAGGUAUCUGGAGUCUGUCCGGCCACUGAUGGACAGCUCUGAGUUUGAAAGGAUGACGUCACUUGCGAAAGAGUUUGAGAGCACCCUGGGUAAUCGGCUGCAGUGGUAUCUGAAGCUGAAGGCCUUGUGGGCCUCCAAUUAUGUGAGUGACUGGUGGGAGGAGUAUGUCUACCUAAGAGGGCGGAGUCCCAUUAUGGUCAACAGCAACUACUAUGGCAUGGACUUCUUAUACGUGACGCCGACACCCGUGCAGGCGGCGAGAGCGGGAAACACGCUCCACGCUUUCCUCAAAUACCGCCGUAAACUCAAUAAAGAGGAGAUCAAACCGAGUCGUGUGCCAGGCACUGUCAUUCCUCUGUGUGCUGCUCAGUGUGAGAGGAUUUUCAAUACCACACGUAUUCCUGGAGAGGAGACUGACACUGUGGUGCAUUGGCAAGACAGUGAGUAUGUGGUAGUCUACCACAGGGGGCGCUAUUUCCGUCUAUGGUUGUACCAGGCAGGUCGAAUGCUGUCACCACGGGAGAUAGAGCAUCAGAUCCAGCGUAUCCUUGACGACCCGUCGCCCCCGGCAGCCGGAGAAGAGAAACUGGGGGCGUUAACCGCGGGGGACAGAAUCCCCUGGGCCCAGGUCAGGAAAGAGUUCUUCAGCUCUGGGGUGAAUAAGCGAUCACUUGACUGUAUCGAGAAAGCUGCUUUCUUUGUUACCCUUGACGACGAUGAGCAGGGCAUGAUGGGAGAUGACCCAGCCGCCAGUCUGGACAGAUAUGCCAAGUCCCUCCUCCAUGGGAAAUGCUAUGACAGGUGGUUUGAUAAAUCUUUCUCUGUGGUGAUUUAUAAAAAUGGAAAGACCGGCCUGAAUGCUGAACACUCGUGGGCUGAUGCACCUGUAGUAGCACACCUGUGGGAGUAUGUGUUGGCCACUGAUAGUUUCCAGUUGGGUUAUAAUGAGGAGGGUCACUGUAAGGGAGACGUGUCUCCCUCUUUACCUCCAGCCCAGAGACUCACCUGGGACAUACCUGCACAGUGUCAGGAACGCGUGGUCCAGUCUCUCUCUGUGGCGCAGGCGUUGGCUGAUGACAUUGACUUCCAUGUCUUCUCAUUCCGGGAUUUUGGAAAAGGGCGGAUCAAAAAGUGCCGAAUUAGCCCAGAUGCCUUCAUUCAGAUAUCCCUACAACUGGCCUACUACAGGAAUAGAGGUAUGUUCUGCCUGACGUAUGAAGCAUCUAUGACCCGUCUGUUUCGGGAGGGGCGCACUGAGACAGUGCGUUCAUGUAGCAAUGAGAGCUGUGCCUUUGUCAAAGCCCUGGAGGGUGGGGAGAGUGUGGAGGUGUGUAGGAAGCUGUUCCGGGUGGCGUCUGAGAAACAUCAGCAUCUGUACCGAAUGGCCAUGACCGGCGCUGGGAUCGACCGCCACCUCUUCUGCCUCUAUGUCGUCUCCAAAUACCUGGGAGAGGAGUCGCCCUUCCUCAAAGAGGUGCUGUCUGAGCCUUGGCGUUUGUCCACAAGUCAAACUCCGGUCCAGCAGGUGGAGCUGUUUGAUCUGGUCAAUCACCCAGAAUACAUCUCCUGUGGAGGGGGUUUCGGCCCAGUGGCUGAUGAUGGAUAUGGAGUCUCUUACAUUAUUGUAGGAGAAAAUAUGAUCAACUUCCACAUCUCCAGUAAACACUCCUGCCCUCGGACUGACUCUCAUAAGUUUGGAGCGGAGAUAAAGAAAGCUCUACUGGACGUGGCACAGCUGAUGUGUUCAGAUCAGAGAGAGCCCUCCAGAACCCAGCAGAACUCCAACCAGAACCCACAGGACAAGAAAGACCUGUAG